GCGAAUUCCAUACAACACGAGUCGGUUGCCUCCGAGCGGUCGGCGUUCUACUGUCGAGCACUCGAAAACUUCACUUCGAUUCCGCAACAGAAUUGGCCAAAAAAAUAAACUAAAUAAAUAAAAGCAAAAGUAGCCAGAGAAAAGAAGUUUCGCGAUUAGGCGGAAAUUAGUCGAGCAAAUAGUCAUUCAAGUGCGAGUGAAAAUCGCGAGUGUAUCAAUUCGAUUGAGUGGCCAAAAUGAUUGAGCGGCGCAGUCAGCUGGAUAAGUGCUGGAGAGCAGAUGUGCUGUAUGGCUCUCUUCUUGUAACGGAGGAGCGCGGGCUAUAAAAGCGGCGCAUGCGCUGCGCGUUUUCCCCAGUCGCGCAGCUGCACUCGAAAAGAACACUUCGUCCGGUGAUAAGUUCUGCCUUAAAAGGGAAAACCGACUCGAAAUCACUGCCAAAAUGACGAUGCGAACCACAAUGACGACGACGCCGCAGCGCGGCCUCUACAUCACAAACGAGAUAAUCAUCACUGCCAUGGACCGCUUCGUCUGGUUCGUCCUACUCGUGGUCAUGUCCCACCUGGUCACCGAAUUCACCCGCGUCUCUGGAUAUGCGCGUGGCCAGCGCCACGAGCUGGUGCUGCUGAACGAUACGCUGCUGCAGCCCAUGCCCGUCCAGAACAUGGUGCUCUACCCCAGCCAGGAGUACGGCCAGUACCAGCAGCGACCCUCCUCCUCCGCCUCCGCCUCCUCCUCCAUGGGAGCCAUGAGCAGCCUGCAGCAGAACGCGGCCUUCCUGCUCAGCAGCUUGGCGGCGGGAGUGAGCCCGGCAAAUGGAGCAGUUGCACCCGGAGCAGCGGUGCCCGGCAGCAACGCGGCCAUUCUGGCCCUCGGCGAUAGCCAACCGGCUCACACGGCCGAGAGCACGUACCCCAUGUUCAGCCUGCGUCCGCUGAUCGACAGCAUUUUCGAGAUUCCGAUUUCGACGCUGCGUGCUGUCAACAACCUGGUGGGUCGCCUGACCGGCGGGUAUCGCCAGGCGGAAAUGGCGCAAAAAUCCGUGGCAGCUGGAACGGCGCUGCCGCCCGGCAGGCAAAACCCCACGCUGAGUGCCCAUCCCAGUGGGCAACGGAUGCGCGAGGAGAUGGCGUAAUCUUGGGCCGCCUGUUUAGCUAGUAGUUGUGCGUGAAUGUUGUAGUUUCUGUCAGUGUAUGUUUCGAGUGUGUUUUUCGUGUGCAUUUUGACCUUUGUGAUAUAUGUGACUUUGCUGUAAGCCUAGACUAAGGAUAUUUAUGUCCAGCCACAAGAAAAUUCCAAAAAAA